UACAACCCUAUUGAAAAUAAAUAAUAACAAAAAAAAUACGCCUGCUUCAGAUUCACAUUAUGACAAAAUGAACGUAGAUGAAAGCGAGAUUCCAACCGCAUACAAUGGCUGUAUUAGUUUUAAUGCUCAAACGUGUCGUGUUUGUCUGGAAUCUCACGAGACCACACUGUGCCUUCGCGAUGAAAUUGAGUACAAUGAUCUGAAUGUGGAAUUGUGGCAGUUGCUGGAGACUGUGUCCAAUGUGAAGUGCACAUGGAAUGAGCCAAAUCUGCCCACAAAGCUGUGUCAGAACUGCACACGACGUCUUCUCAGCGCCUAUGAGUUUAUACGCGAAGUUGAAAGGUCCCAGCAAACGCUACAGGAAUUAUGCAGCAGCCUGGAGCAGGAUCAAUCAGUCAGGCUCAUGUCCGUGGUGGAUGUGAACGCAGAUGAGGACGAAAACUUGCCACAAAAUGAAGAAUUACCCGACGCUGGAGAAUUAUCACCCAUCGAAGAAGAAUUAGCACAAGUUGAAGAACAAUUUAUGCAGUUGGAAGAAUGCGAAUCCAUCAUUGAGUUACAAGAGGUAGAGCUCUCGCCGUCCGAGGAACCGGCUACACAAGCUGAGAACGACAAUGAGCUAGAUGUUGGAACCACACAUUUAGAGGAGGAACCCAGCGAAUUCGUAAACCAACUGGAGCAGGACGAAUCCGAUGCAGAAAUAAACUAUGAUGCUGAUCUAUCAGAGGAGCGUCCAUCGCAACUAGGACAGCGACUGACGCACUCACAAAGCUUUACGUACAAAUGUGCCAAUUGUCCACGAAUUUUUGCGAAAAACAAAUCUCUGGUGCGGCAUUAUGCUGCAGCACAUAGCCAAUCGGCAGAUGUAGCGGCUCAGGAGCUGGCAAAAGAGCACAGCAGCAGCGGAGCACUGAUCUGCGAGCACUGUCCGCGCAUCUUUAAGCGACAGGACACACUGCGUCGACACAUGCUUGCGUUUCACCCCGAGGUAUUGGCAGCUAGCGGGUAUAAAGAAGAGGAAUCAAUUGCCACAGCGCCAAAACGAGCUGCCAAGCGACGAGAAUGUCCCCAUUGUGGCAUUAGUUUUCCCGUCUCCAGCCUAACGAUACACAUACGUCGUCACACCGGCGAAAAUCCGUACAAGUGCGAUCAAUGCGAGAAGGCAUUUCCCCGCAGCCAAGAUCUCAGUCUGCACAAGCGCCAGCACACUGGAGAGCGUCCAAGUGAAUGCAAGAUAUGCGCCAAGAAAUUCAUCUCACAGAACAAACUGGCGCGUCACAUGCGAUUACAUACUGGUCAGCGUCCCUAUGCCUGCGACAGGUGUGACAAGAGUUUUGUGCAAUCCAAUGAUCUUAAGAUUCAUAUGCGUCGGCACACAGGCGAGCGACCGUACACAUGUGGCGUCUGUGGUAAAAGUUUUGUUUGCGGCUCACUCCUGAAUAUCCAUCGCAAUCAGAAGCGACACUAUGAGACUGUGAAGCUACGCGAUGACGAUGGUCAUCCCGAUCCCUACGAAAAUAGUCGAGUUAACAAGCGACGUGCUGAGGAUAUUGAACGUAUGCGACUAAAGCGCGAGAAUGAGGCGCUUCCAAUUAAUCUGCGGCCGUACAACUGUGGAGUCUGUGGGGAUAACUUCAAGAGCGGCGCCCUCCUCACAAUUCAUCGCAAUAAGAUGUCUCAUUAUGAGAUGGGCAAAGUGGACUAUGGCGAUCCAUAUGAGCAGAAAUACAAACAGCAACUUCCCCCCAAAACAGAUCAAAAUGAGGUUUAGAUUAAGCUACACAUUUUAUUUAAGUACUCGUAUAUUAAAAACUUUUAAAGAAGUUUAA